AGCACUGACCAGCAUCUUGGGUGUCUUACAGCUCGCCGGGAUUGCGGUCCUUGCCAUUGGACUAUGGCUCCGAUUCGACUCCCAGACCAAGAGCAUCUUCGAGCAGGACUCGAACAGUAACUCCAGCUUCUACACAGGAGUCUACAUUCUGAUUGGAGCCGGGGCCCUCAUGAUGGUGGUGGGUUUCUUGGGCUGCUGUGGAGCUGUGCAGGAGUCCCAGUGCAUGCUGGGAUUGUUCUUUUGCUUCCUCUUGGUGAUAUUUGGUAUUGAAGUAGCUGCAGCCGCCUGGGGCUUUACCCACAAGGACGAGGUGAUUAAUCGCGUCCAGGAGUUUUACAUUGACACCUACAACAAGCUGAAAAACAAGGACGAGCCCCAGCGGGAAACGCUGAAAGCCAUCCACAAAGCGCUGGACUGCUGUGGUGUGGUGGGGGGCAUAGAGCAGUUCAUCACGGACAUCUGCCCGGACAAUGGCAUCAUCAACAAUCUCAAAAUCAAGCCCUGCCCCGUGGCCAUCAAAGACGUCUUUGACAACAAGUUCCACAUCAUUGGUGCAGUGGGCAUCGCCAUCGCCGUGGUGAUGAUAUUUGGCAUGAUCUUUAGCAUGGUCCUGUGCUGUGCCAUCCGCAGAGACCGGGGCAUGGUCUAGAGACGGCGCAUUUCCCCAGCAGGAAACUGACCCCUAAAGAUUGUUGGGUGGGGUUUUUUUUGUUUUUGUUUAUGGUUUUUUUGUAUUUUUGGUUUUUGUUUGUUUUUGGCCACUAAUGUUAGUACACAUUCUGCAUUUCUAAACAAAAGUUAUACUGUGUUGUCUUUUUAAUGCUUUAUUCUAUAUUGACAUUUGUAAUUGAGGGAUUUGGGAGUUUCGGUUUGCUUUAGUUUUGUUUUUUUUUUUUCUUCAGUUGUUUAUUUUUGCUUGUUAAGCAGAAAUCCUACAAUGAAAGGUACUAUAUUUGCUAGAUUCCAGACAAAAAGAUAUUGUACAUAAAGAGAAUUUUUUGUCUUUAAGUGGAUAAAAAUGUCUAUCAAAUUUAAUCGGGUUGUAACAUAUUGAAGACAAUUUGA